AUGGACGUGGGCAAGCUGUUCAAGCUCCCCGAGUUAUCCUCAGGUGCCGUCAACAAGCGCAAAUGGAACGCCCCCAAACCAGACGACCCUGCCGCCUCCACCUCUGCCUCUACUUCAUCUUCCGCCAUUCACACUGAAGCAGGUCCACCCGAUCCUUCCUCUUCCCGCCCACGCAAGGCCGCCCGAGUAGACGACGAUGUCGAAGACAACAAUGCCGACAAUGACGAGCCUGUCGAAGAAACCCACUUCUUCUCAGACGACGAUCAGGAAGAUGGCAGAUUCUUCGGCGGCGGUCUCACUGCGGAACAGCAGCAAAUUCUCGACAUCAUGGACAGCGGCGAGCAGGCCUCAUCCGACCCUUCGACCGUCAACGACCUUCCUGCGCUCCGCAAACAGCUGCUCCGCUUUGAACGCUCCAUCAACAAGAACGCAGAGAUGCGCGUCAAGCACGCCCAAGAGCCAGCACGCUUCAUCGACUCGGAAGCUGACCUCGACGCCGAACUCAAGAGCUUGCUCGUGCUCACCACGCAGCCUGUGCUUUUCUAUAGCGAGUUUGUCAAGCUGGGUGGUGCGGCAAGCUUGGUGGGGCUGUUGAGCCACGAGAAUGCUGACAUCGCCGCGGCGGCGAUCGAGGUGAUCGAGGAGCUAACGGACGACGAUGUGCUCGAUCAGGCGAACGCGCAGAGUGAGGGCGAGGAUGACGACGAUGCGGACAAGCAGAAUGUGGGGCCAAGAGCAUUAGCAGCGAUGAACGAGCUCGUCGAAGCGCUUCUGCAGCAGAGCUUGCUGGACCUGCUCGUGUCGAAUCUUUCGCGAUUUAACGACCACCUCGAAGCAGACCUCCCAGCAGAAGAAGCAGCGACACGAGCAGUGGAAGCUGAGAACGACGCCCAAGCAAUCUACCACACCCUGGGCGCCAUCGAGAAUCUCGUCUCUUCCCGAUCUGCGGUUUCAGAACAGCUCGUCUCGUCGACACCGUUUCUGCCGUGGGUGCUGAAACGCUUGGCGGCUAAACGUGCAGUCGACCAGAACACAAACUACGCAGCUGAGCUGCUCGCGAUCCUGCUCCAAAGCUCCGAGCCCAACCGUGCUGCCUUGGGAUCCACAAGGCAAGAGGAAGAGAAUGGGAUCGACGUGCUACUCGGCGUGCUGGCGCGAUACCGGCGCACGGCACCAUCGGGAGCAGAGGAGCAAGAGUUUGUCGAAAACAUAUUCGACUCUCUCUGCUCUUCUCUGUCCGACGCAUCCAACAAGGCGCGCUUCCUCGAAGGGGAGGGAAUAGAGCUGAUGGUGUUAUUGAUGAAGGAGAAAAAGUCCUUCGGGCGCACACGGGCGGUCAAGGUGCUGGACCACGCAUGCUCGGGGCCGUCCGGCAGCGCUGUGUGCCACCGCAUCGUCGACGCACAAGCCCUCUCGCCGCUCUUUAGCAUCUUCAUGCAGUGCAACGCCGGCAAACGCUCAUCCGCGACAGCGCAGACGGCAGAGCACCUGCUCGGCAUAUUUGCGUCCUUGCUCACCCACCUCCCGUCAGACUCGAUCCCGCGUAUCCGCGUCCUCUCGAAAUUCGUCGCCGACAACUACAUGCGCACCGACCACCUGCUCGACCUGCGCGACUCGCUCACCACCCGCCUCGACGCCAUCCCCCCCGCGCCAGAGACAGACGAGGACGAGCAAGACGUGUACCUGAGCAGACUCGAACACGGCCUGUUUAGCCUGCAGCUGCUCGACACGGUGCUUGCCUGGCUCGUUAUGGAGGAUGACGCGUGCAAGGACCACGUCGGCGUCAUGUUGAAAAGGAAAGGUGCGCGGUUUGCGAAUGUGGCGGAGACGCUGAGAGAGUACAGCGAGAACGUGGGCGAUCAGGUGGCAAUUGAGGCAGCAGAUGGAGAGGAGGGGUUCAAAACAAGGGACAUCCUCACGGCUCUCAUCGCGUAUCUCGAGUCGCUGUAA